AUGAAUUCUAUAGGACAAACUACACAAUUACCUAAUUAUUCUUGUAGUGAAAAUAAUGUUUCUAUUAAGCUUACAUUAUCUUCAUCAUCUCAUUCAGCAUGGAAUCCAACAUCAAAUUGUUCUUUACAGCAAUGUAAUACAAGUUUGAAUGGUAACAAUAACUGUCGUUCAUCAUCAACACCUUGUUAUGAUUAUCGAACAAUAACUAACAUUAGUUAUUGUGCACCUGGUAUUUUAUGUUCAAUAUUAGAAAGAUGUGAUAAUAUUACACAAACAUGCUCAUUAAAUAAUUCAAUAUGUGUUAUUAAUUCAUGUUGUUCAUCACAAGCAGUAUGUUUACCAUUCUUAGCAACACAAAUGUGUGAAAGAGGAUGGUCUUCUACUGGCAAUAUGACUAAUGUACGAUACUGGCACACAGCAUCUGUAUUAUCAAAUGGAAAAAUAUUAGUUACUGCUGGCUUUAGCUCUACUGGUUAUUUAAACAGUGCUGAGCUGUAUGAUCCAUCAACAGGUACUUGGUCAACUACUGGUAACAUGACUAAUACACGAGGGUACCACACAGCAUCUAUAUUAUCAAAUGGAAAAGUUUUAGUUACUGGUGGACUUGGUAAUAUUUAUUAUUUAAAUAGUGCUGAAUUGUAUGAUUCAUCAACAGGUACUUGGACAACUACUGGUAACAUAACUAACGCACGAUCUGGUCACACAGCAUCUAUAUUAUCAAAUGGAAAAGUAUUAGUUACUGCUGGCUUUGGCCCUACUGGUUAUUUAAAUAGUGCUGAGCUGUAUGAUCCAUCAACAGGUACUUGGACAACUACUGGUAACAUGACUAACGCACGAUAUUAUCACACAGCAUCUGUAUUAUCAAAUGGAAAAGUUUUAGUUACUGGUGGGUUGAAUAGUAAUAGUAUUACUGGUACUUUAAAUAGUGCUGAAUUGUAUGAUCCAUCAACAGGUAUUUGGACAACUACUAGUAACAUGACUCAUACACGAUACUGGCACACUGCAUCUAUAUUAUCAAAUGGAACAGUGAUAGUUGCUGGUGGACGCGAUGGUAUUAGCUUUACCUUAAAUAGUGCUGAAUUGUAUGAUUCAUCAACAGGUACUUGGUUAACUACUGGUAACAUGACUAACGGUCGAGCUGGUCACACAGCAUCUAUAUUAUCAAAUGGAAAAGUAUUAGUUACUGGUGGAGGUAGCAAUAGUGCUGAGCUGUAUGAUCCAGCAACAGAUACUUGGACAACUACUAGUAACUUGAAUAAUGCACGUGUUUAUCACACAGCAUCUGCAAUAACAAAUGGAAGAGUAUUAGUUACUGGUGGAAAUGGUAUUGGUGGUGCUUUAAAUAGUGCAGAGUUAUAUUAA